CUCGUGGUCGUGGUCGUGACUGUCGUGAGGUCGUGACUCGCAUUUCGACGCGUUCCCGUCCCGUCCAACUGUCUGCGGUUGACAUUUUCUACUGUAACCUGUCAGAUAUUCGUAUGAGAAAAUGAGCAUCCUCGCGUACAACGGCGGCGCCGUGAUAGCGAUGAAGGGGAAGAGGUGCGUGGCCAUAGCAGCCGAUCGCAGAUUCGGUAUACAGGCGCAGACGAUAACGUGCGAUUUCCAGAAGAUCUACGAGAUGGGACCGCACCUGUACGUUAGCCUGCCCGGCCUCGCCACCGACACCCAGACCGUAAUGGAGAGACUGCGCUUCCGCCUGAACCUGUACGAGCUCAAGGAGAACCGGAAGAUUCACCCGAAAACGUUCACCGCCAUGAUCUCGAAUCUCCUGUACGAGAGGAGAUUCGGGCCGUACUUCGUGGAGCCUAUAGUCGCCGGACUGGAUCCGGUCACGUUUGAACCUUUCAUCUGCAACAUGGACCUGAUAGGCUCCAGGAACAUGGCCGAGGACUUUGUGGUAGGUGGAACGUGUACGGAGCAGCUUUACGGCAUGUGCGAGUCGCUUUACGAGCCGAAUCUGGGACCUGAGGAGCUAUUCGAGACCGUCAGUCAAGCUUUAGUCAAUGCGUUCGAUCGGGACGCGAUAUCUGGAUGGGGUGCGGUUGUUCAUGUUAUAGAGAAGGACAAGGUCACGAAGAGGACUGUCAAAACGCGAAUGGACUAAACCCUUCACCUUUUACCAUCAAUAUGUGCGACAACUUUAUUUCUAUUCCAUACGUAUUGUUUGUAACUAAGUCUAAGAAAUGUAAACGAAAACUUAUAAAUAGGUCUUAAUUUAUUAAACCUCCUGAUACUCUA